AGUCAUCAAAGCCCAAGACCUUUCUUCAGUUGAAGCCCAACAAAAGAAAACCUGUCUGGCUGUUUUUCACCGGUUUCGCCCCGAAGUCUUCGCCUUUUGUACACCAUUGCCAUAAAAAAACUUUGGCCUCAGUUCCUCCUCAAAACCCAAAUUCAGAGCUUCACAACAGCUAGCUUUUCUGGGAAUUGUCUGUGUGUAGGAAGUUGCAAUGAGCACCAACAAGACGCCACAGAAAAAGAAUCGUCCUCAAGUAGUUAAAUUGGAUGAAGCUUUGGAAUUGGCUCAAAAAUGGGUUAAUAACAUGACUGAACCUGCAGAAGAUGAGCCUUUUGAAAUACAGAGUAGACCUGCUAGGCUUGGACUAGGUGCUAAAGUUCCCCGGCCAUCCAAAUUUUCACCUUCAGAUGAUCCCCUUGAAAGGAAAUUACACUACAAGUUGGAUGCUGGAAGAAGAAAUGCUGCCAAAAUUGCCGAGGAGUCUGCAUCGGCUGCUGCUAGAGAUGACAGUGACGACGAUGAAGAUUUGGACAGCAGAACCAAAGCGUUUGAGAAGAAAAGACCAGCAGCUCCGGUGACCCCAUCUUUAGGGGGAAAGAAAAGGAAGAAGUAACGUUUUCACCUUGACUUGUAACCAAAGAAAGUUAACCAUCUCACCCUUGUCAAAAGUUAAUUUUAGAGCUUUGGUUCUGUUGUUCUGGUAACUUCAUACAAUUUCUUUAUCUGUAAUUAUAGAUGUUCAGUCAACAAAUCAAAGCUUGUGAAAAGGAGAUAGGAACAAAUAUUCCACAUUUCCAAGUGCAAAUUUAUUGAACCAAAGUCACAGCUUGUUCGGUGCAUAUAAUAAACCUAACAUGAAUUUUUA